CUCGACUCCAUUCAUUCAUUGACUCGCUGGUCGAGCGACCAGACGGUUAUUCAGUGAUUAGACAGCGCGGUGAACGAAUGACAAAAUGCGCUGCGCGCAAUUUGUAACGAACUAUUUCGACGUUUAAAAUACGAAUUGACAGUUAUUGUUUUGACUUUUAUAAAAAAAUUGUAAAUUAAUAAUUUGUGAAUACUGGAUUGUUUUGUGUUUUUCGUGAUGUUUAGUUACUAUGAUGUGGUGGAAAGUGUUUUUAUGUGCAAUGUUGUGGUAAGGCGAUGCUUGUAGGAGAGCAAUCGCCGGCACCGCGGGUGGUGGCCGGCUUGAGGAAACUUCGCCCUGAAUUGACCCCUGGACCCAUACCUACGCCUGUAGAUCCAGAUUUUAGGAUAUCAGGUGUCCUCCGACAGUAUUACAAUGACGACACAGAAUCCUGGGCAUGGGUCCGGGCCGCGGUCCGCGGGGGCUGCCUGCUUGCCUGGCGCGACGGUACCCUACCUCGGAGGGCCGCUGCCCGCCUGCCCCUGCGAGACCUGCACCUGCGGACUGCCCCCACCUUGCCCAACGCCUUCCAGCUAUCCCGGCUCAGAGACGACUCUGCCGUCGCCACGUUUCAGACUUGCAAUGCGGCCGAAUACGCGAGAUGGGUGCGCGCGCUCUGCGUCGAGAUUCUCGGCCAGACUCCUCUACCACAAGUCCGAUUUCUGGACGUGCUGCCCGCUGCGGACACCGCCUGUCGGGAACCAAAGAAAGAGGCUGCUCAACACGAGACACCCUCUUGCCCCCCUAAACCGCCCCCGCGAGCUCGUCGGAGGUUACUGACCUCCACGGAGACGCAGCUGACGCGCAGGGAUCACUCCCCCGCCGCCACGGAUGAGGGCAUCGUCGUCGAAGACGACGACUACGACUCAUCAUCCGAUCGCAGCCUUGACCUGACCCUCUCCCUCGACGCCUUGAAGACUACAGAUUUAGUCGAUGCGCCCGUACGGACAGCAGAGGUUAUCAAAUGUGACAGCUGUAGUAAGCUGAACGCGGCCACGCCGCAGCAUCACACGCUGCCGCGCGCGCGAGCUGAUUCAGAGCAAGGCCGUCGCUACCUGAAGAGAUGGGAGGGCACGGCGGGAGGCGCGGAGCGGGGCCGGUUCGCCAUGGAGGCAGCCAGGCGGAAGACGUCGUCGCUCGAGACGCGGGCGAGGUCCUGCUCACCGAAUGUCCACGAGGCAGUAGCGCAGUACGUUCCGGUGCGGGAGCGGCGCGCCCUGUUCGAGUCGCUGUCGCGCAGCGGCGGCGGGCUGGCGCGCAGCAGCGAGCAGCUGGCGCGCAUCGAGCGCUCGCCGGACAGCAGCCCGCGGCGCGCGGCGUCGCUGCACGACCUGCAGGCGCCGCCCACGCGCUCCGUGUCGGACCUGCGCCAGUUCUUCGCCUCGCUCACCUGCGCCUGACGCACACUCACUUGUACAUACUGUAGAUAGACCCGGCGUUGACCGCUAUCUAAGUCGUUCGUUUUAAGACUGUUAAAAGUAUUGUUAUAGAAGUACCUAAUAUAAAUAAAAUGAGAUGUAUUGUCUAUUAUA